GGCAAUCAGCUGUCAUGGAAACUGUACUGCGUUACCCAGGCAAGGUGGUGAUUGUGACUGGUGCCACCCAAGGGCUUGGUCUGGCCAUCAUGAAAGAAUUUGUUCACCAAGGAGCCAAUGUGGUUUUCUGUUCAAAAGCAUCCGAAGUGGAAAAGGGACAAGCCAUUCAGAAGGAGCUGCAGGCUUCUGGGUGCCCAGGGGACACUUUCUACCAAGUCUGCGAUGUCCGCAAUGAGGCAGACAUUAAGAGGUUGAUUUUGGAAACUGUAGAACAUUAUGGGUGCCUGGACUGCCUGGUGAACAAUGCUGGAACUGUGCAUCCCCCACCCUCAACAAUAGAUCAAAUGAGUGCCCAAGACUUCCGAGACCUCAUGGAAGUCAACACUGUGGGCUGUUUUUUAGCAUCCAAGUAUGCACUGCCCUACUUACGGGUUACGAAAGGAAACAUCAUCAACAUGGCCAGUAUUGUUGGUGUCACUGGGGAGAAGAGUUAUUUGUCAUAUGUCUCAAGCAAGGGCGCUUUGAUUUCCAUGACCAAAGCCUUGGCCAUUGAUGAGAGCAAAUAUGGAGUACGAGUCAACAGUAUUUCGCCAAGUGGUAUCUGGACUCCUUUGACAAAAAGAAAUCUGUAUCAGUCACCAAAUCCAGAGGCGACAGUGCAGAAAUACAAGGAUUAUCAGCUUAUGGGACGCUUUGGGACCUCGGAAGAAGUGGCAUUGGCUGCCCUGUUCCUUGCCGCAGAUGCUACUUUCUGCACUGGUUUAAACCUUGCGGUCACUGGUGGAGCUGAAGUCGGCUUUGGGGAAAAGAAUCAGGUGGAUGUUAAGCCUGACCCAAGUGCAGGUGGGAACUCACAGGGUUCCUCCAGCAAGUCAUAG